CGUGGAUCGCAGCGACUGACCUGCGGCAGGGACGCGCUUUAUUUAUAAAUCCGUGCGGAACGUUCGUGCGACAGCUGGGUUUCCCGGUCGCUUUUACUUGAACAGCGCGCGCUGUCGCCGCCGGUGUGUAAUCCUCGGUGGUGUGUGUGUGUGUGUGUGUGUGUGUGUGUGCGUCGUAUACAUCGGUGAAAUCGAAAAAGCAUUCUGUUCUCGACGAGCCACACGCAUCGCUCAGCCAUGCGUUUUCAAGGUGAGAGGAGUUUCUCGACUUAGGCUAAGAUGUCACAUCACAGCGACGACAACAUGCUGAUAGCGACGUCGGACUCGUUCUGGGAGCCAGGCAAUUACAAGCGCACCACAAAGAGGAUUGAGGACGGGCACAAGCUCUGCGACAGUCUAAUAGCGUUGGUCCAGGAAAGGGCGGAGAUCGAGAAGAGCUAUGCCAAGGCGCUGAAGAAUUGGUCGAAGAAUUGGAACGACAAGAUCGAGAAAGGACCCGAAUAUGGUACCACCGAGGCGGCGUGGAAGGGCGUCCUCGUGGAAUCCGACAGACUUUGCGAUCUUCACCUCAGGGUCAAGGAGAAUCUCUGCAACGAUAUUAUCCAGCAGGUGAAGACGUGGCAGAAGGAUACGUACCACAAGUCGAUGAUGACACUAAAGGAGCGCAAGGAAAUGGAGGACGCGUUCAAGAAGGCUCAGAAGCCGUGGGCAAAACUCCUGCAGAAGGUCGAGAAAGCCAAGUCGGAGUACCACAACAGCUGUAAAACCGAGCGAACGGCGGCGAACAUGGAGAGGAACGCCUCGGCGGACAGUUCCCUCUCCCCGGAUCAGAUGGCCCGAGGCUCUGAAAACGUGAAGAAGAUGCAGGACAGGGUGCAGAAAACGAAGGAGGAGGUGCAAAAGGCGAAAGAGAAAUACGAGGCGGCGCUUCAGGAAAUCAAUCAGUACAAUCCAAAGUACAUGGAGGACAUGACGCAAGUGUUUGAGAAGUGUCAGGAGAUGGAAGCGCAGCGACUUCAGUUCUUCAAAGACGUCUUGUUCGGUAUUCACAAGUGUCUGAAUAUCUCGCAGGAUCCAGUGCUUCCGCAAAUAUAUGAGGAGUUCUAUCACACGAUAAACAACGCCGACCACGAAAAAGACCUCAAAUGGUGGUCCAAUAAUCAUGGCGUAAAUAUGGCUAUGAAUUGGCCGCAGUUCGAGGACUACACAGAGGAGUUCCGCGAGAUCACGAAGGGCUCGAAGUCAAAGGAGGCGCUCCCGGCAGGCUCCAUCACUCUCAUCAAUCAACGCCCGGUCGGCGAGGAUCUGCAUGAAUUUCCGCCAGUGAAUAAUAAAUCAAAAUCGAAGUCCGCCGGCCGAGUGAUAUCAGCGGACGGCAAUCACGGGGACAGUAAAACGGACACGAUAACUUCCACCAAGCAGUCCUCGGAAAAGAAUAACCACGAGACCGACAACGGCAACAGGACCUCGACGAUCACUAACGGCACUAACGCCAAACAAGAGUCAAAUCCAUUCGAGGAGGAGGAAUGGGAUGAGGAUGGUGGUGAGCCACUGGUCGAUAAUGGAGAACCCGGAGUUCCUGUACGAGCGUUGUAUGAUUACGAAGGAGCGGAAGCGGACGAGCUCACUUUUAAACAAGGAGAUGUAUUCGAGAAGCUAGAAGAUGAGGACGAGCAAGGGUGGUGUAAAGGAAGAAAGGACGGCAGAGUCGGCCUCUAUCCAGCGAAUUACGUAGACCUGGUAUCGCAAUAAAUUAACGAUAUAAAGCCAAAUCCACAAGUUCGUUAGCUACUUAAUGUGUAAACUUCGCGAAAAAAGUGAAAUUUUCGCAUUUCGUUUCUCCUCGCUGUUUUCUUAUAUAGCGAGUUGAAAUGUACGAAGUCGUGGAACGCCAGUUUCGCGCCGUAUGCAAGGAAACGAUACGAUGAACGGGAUGAUACGUUAGAUGAGAAACGGGUUAAAACUCGAAGUCUGACUUCCAGACAAACGAGUUUUUCAGAGUUUUUCGAACUACUAGGCGCGAACGAAUUGUCUGCAUUUAUUGAGUCGUGUAAACGUCGAGAAGCGAUUUCGUUCAGAGAUCCUUCUGCAGCGUCGGGGGCAACUAGCAGAGUUAUAAUUUAAAUGAACAGCUUUCCACACAAAGAUUUCCUCUCACACUCACUCAAAAUGAAAUUCGUUUCUAGAUAGCUAGGUUAGACGAAAUCCCCGCGCUAGUUAGUUUCAGUGGAUAAACAUGGAUUACACGUGUGUCGCGCGCAUAUAACGAGUUAAGUAUUGGAAUAUUGUACAAUCAUACGAUUGAUGACUCAUUACCAUUGUUAUAAAUUAAGAAUCUUUUGGCUGCUGCGACGAGAGUUCUAUUUAAUUUAUUGUUAUUAAAAGAAAAGUGUACUAUUAAAGCAACUAAUGUCUAUCUGAAUGGUGUCAUUGUACAUAAUAGAUAUAAGAGCAUAGUAGUAUGUGAAGUUAUCAUGGUCGUUUAACAAAUUUGAAGCGUUAAAGUAUACUUGAAGCGUGCGAGCAUAUAAACGACACGAGACUUUGAAUUACGUAUAAAAUUAUAACAUACGGAAUAAAGAAAUUCGGGACCCAGAAAAGUCGAUAGAAAUGUUCUAUUUAUCAAUGGAACCUUAUAGUUGAUGAUAAUUUGAUAAAACGAAUUUGAUGAUUUGCCACGAGAGAAUGCUCGGGCAAUAAGAAUAUAAAUUAUGAAUGUUACGUUGUAUCGAAAGAAUAUUUUCAUCUAAAAUAUGUUGUGUACAUAAUUUGUUUUUAUAUAGGUCCGAUAAUAUUAGGAAAUCGUUUCUUAGAGAAAACAUUGAAGUUUAGUUUUUAUUGAAUCGAAAACGAUGAUUCUUGUAUAUUUCGAACUUGCUAUAUAAUAUGUGGAAAAAGAAAAAAUAUAUUAAAAUAUCUCCUAUUAAAAUCAUUAUUAUACUUGAAUAAGUGUAAUAUCUAUCGAGUGAAAAUAUCACAUGUGUGUGUAUCAAGUGAAAUUAAUUUUUCUGGGGAUCUAAAUACAUAAAAUACAGCAUGAAUCAUCAUGUAAGAAAUAAUGCAUAUAGUUAACACACUUUUGUUUCAAGAAACCCCAAUUUAUCUUGUAAAAGAUAUUUUUAAAUUAUUUAACUGCAGUCACAGAGGUAUUUGAUUUACGAUUAUUGUAAUACGUAUUGAAGAAAAAGCAAGGUAUUCAUUACGAAUACAUUGUGUCUAUGUACACAGUAUUUAUGUAAAUAUCGUAGAGUAUAGCGAAAUUUUUAAUUCUGACUCAGUCUGACUGAUUUUUAUAAUCAUUCAUUUAUUAGUCCUCCAAAUUAAUUUUUGUGAAGUGUUCACGACUCCAUACAGUUGUUAAGUAGAUUCUAGCUUGUGUAUAAAAUUCAUUAUGUAUGUCUAAUAAAUGAUACUUAUACAUAA